AUCUGAUGCUGAUAAUUCCCAAAAGUUGAAAACUAAUUUGGGAACGAAAUGGAGCAGCACAACGAAGGUUUCAAAGAGGACACCGUCUCUUUGCACUCGGAAAAGUCCAUCAAAUUCAUUGGGAAUGAGAAAAGCACCUUGCAACUGGUGACCGAGGAGCCGGCGGACACUGAAAAUGGAGCCCACCUUGAAGGCAUAAUAGGUUUUCGGGAGAAGAAGAAAACUGCCAAGCCACUGCCUUGGUACUAUGCUCCUGUCUAUCUGCUCUUUUGGGUUGGACUCUUCUUUGCUGUGGUCUAUCCCCUCUUCAAUUACCUGCCCACUGGAAUCAAGCUGGCGGAGGAGUCCGACUUGCCCGCCACCUUUGUGGCGCAGCGGGCGGAGGAGGUUUUGCUGAAAAUAGAUUUAAUGGGACCCAAAAUAGCCGGUGACUACGUGACCGAGGUGACCAUGGUUAAUUUUCUGCUCGAAGAAAUAGAAAAGGUGCGUCGAGAAAUGCGAAGCGAUCUGUACGAGUUGGAGGUGGAUGUACAGCGCUCCAGUGGCUCUUUUCUCCACUGGCAAAUGAUCAACAUGUACCAGGGAAUCCAGAACGUGGUGGUAAAGCUGAGUGCCAAGAGUUCCAACAGCAGCUCCUACUUGCUGGUGAACAGUCACUACGAUUCCAAGCCCAGCAGUGUGGGCACUGGGGAUGCUGAGCUCAUGAUUGUGGUCAUGCUGGAGACCCUUCGAUUGAUGGCCAUAUCCGAGGAGCCCUUCCUGCACCCUAUUGUCUUCCUGUUCAAUGGAGCUGAGGAGCAGCCCUUCCAUGGCUCGCAUAGUUUCAUAUCGAAUCAUCGCUGGUCUGCUAAUUGCAAGGCACUAGUCAACCUGGACUCUGCUGGCGCUGGUGGUCGCGAAAUUCUCUUCCAGGGGGGUCCCAAUCAUCCCUGGCUGAUGCGGCAAUACAAAAAAAGUGCCAAGCACCCAUUUGCCACCACGAUGGCCGAGGAGAUUUUCCAGGCUGAUCUGAUACCCUCAGACACGGAUUUCCGUAUUUUCCGUGACUUUGGACCAGUGCCAGGCCUGGACAUGGCUGGUUGCUAUAACGGAUUUGUUUACCACACCAAGUUCGAUCGCUUUAGCGCCAUUUCCCGGGGUGCCCUGCAAAACACUGGAGACAAUGUCUUUGCUUUGGUUAGGAGUAUCUCCAAUGCCGAGGAAAUGUAUGACACUGAGGCUCACUCUGAAGGACAUUCCGUGUUCUUCGACUAUCUGGGUCUCUUUUUUGUCUACUACACCGAGUCUACGGGUGUGGCCCUUAACAUAUCCUUCUCUUUGGGCGCCAUUCUCCUUGUUUGUCUCUCCUUGUGGCGCAUGGCCAGGAUGACGGAUCGCACAGUGGGCACCUAUUCCCGAGCCUUUGGAAUGCAGUUCCUACUGGCAAUCCUGGGCUUCCUGCUGGCCCUUGGCUUCCCCCUGCUCAUGUCCGUGUUUUACGAUGCAGGCAAUAGGACUAUGACUUACUUCAGCAAUAGUUGGUUGGUCAUUGGUCUUUUUAUCGUACCCUCGGUUAUAGGCCUUGUCCUGCCAAGUACUUUCUAUUUGAGCCUGCGACCAAGCGAGAAGAUUCCUCAUGCUUACCACCUGCAGAUUGUGGGACAUGCCUAUUGUGUUCUCAUGGCUGUGAUUUGCAUUUUACUGACAGUCGUUGGCAUUCGCACUGCCUAUCUUUUUAUGAUGUGCGUCUUCUUCUACGUGGGAGCUUUGAUCAUAAAUCUGGCCAGUCGGCUGCACGAUAAGGGUUACCUCUGGACUUGGGUGCUUGGCGCUUGCCAGGUACUGCCGUAUCUAUACUUCACCUACCUGUUCCAUGCUCUUCUAGUCAUCACUAUUCCUAUGACAAGCCGCAAGGGCCUGGAAGCUAACCCGGAUUUUCUUAUAUCUCUGGAGUGUGCCUUGGGAUCGAUUCUGGCAUUGGUGUUCUUGGCUCCUCUUCUUAAUCUCUUCCGACGCCCCAAGAGCAUGGUUGCUGGUCUGGCUGUGGUGAUGUUCAUCUUUUGCAUGAUCUCUGUUUCGGAGGUGGGCUUUCCCUACCGCGCCAAGACAAAUGUGAUGCGUCUACACUUUUUGGAGGUCCAUCGCAAAUUCUACGAGUACGAUGGUUCUGUGAGUCUCGAGGACAGCGGCUACUAUUUUGAUCUGCAGGAUCGUCGAUUGGAGCAACCCCUGCUGGACAAGAUCAAUCUCACGGCUCUCACACGUCUCGAUGAGGAAUGCAAGACGGAGAUGAAGUGUGGAAUGCCCUGCUUUAACCAUCGGUGGUGUGCUGCCGUGAAGGAUGCCCGUUGGCUGCCACGAGAUGUGCCCGUGGAUCUGCCUGGCACUCCCGUUCUGCAAUUCUUGAACAAGACCGUGAUUGGGACUGAGUCGGAUCCAAGGCUACGUUUCGAGUUUGAAGUGUCGGGACCACCCAGGAUGAGUCUGUUCUUUGAGCCUCUGGAUGGGGUUAAGUUCCUGAAGUGGUCCUUCCUCAUGGGAAUGCUGGACAAUCCGUCAGUGUACAAGCCCCCGUAUCACAUCUUCUUUGGCUACGGCAGCGACAACUCGCCCAUUAACUUUUUCAUAGAACUAACGAAAGUCGACGGCAAGUUCGAUGUUCCGCUAAUGAAACUGGGAGUAUCUGGUCACUACAUGAGCCAUCUGAGUCACCGCGAUGCCACCACCAUGGAGUUCAUCGAGUCACUGCCAGACUUUGCCCAUCCCAUGGAAUGGCCCAGCUCCUAUGAGCGAUAUAUAUUCUGAGACAUCAUACUCAUAUUUCAUGUUAUCAAUUUUCAAAUUCACAUUGUAUUUUUAGGAUGAAUUAUUUAUGAUAAUAAAGAAAUGGAAGAUUUACUUUUA